UUCUUUUAAUAUUGGUACUUGAUGCUUCUUAGAAGCCGAUUUCAACACAACUCGAGAUCCCUGAAACAUCAAUACGUGUUUGAAAGAGGAGCUAUAACAACUAGAUCACUAAGUGUACUACAGGUAAGUUCCUAGAACAAUCAACUAGAAAGUGUAAAUGAAAGAUGUUAUGUACACUGGAUCCUAUAAACGAGCUUACUUAAUAGAUCCAUGGUGGAUAUUUUUCCGCUCAAACAGGGUCGCUCCCAACUUGCGAAAUUCUACUUCCUUCCCAAAUCCAGCGUACGGCUCGCAAGAAGCCAUGCCAUCUAUUCCAUCUAUUCCAGAAGCUCUUCGUUUGAACUUUUAUGAGUCCCUCAUGCAUUUUUCUAAUCGCAAUAGGGGCCAAUUCCGAGCUGAACCAUUCGAUAUACACUGAAUCUUGAAUCAAUAUAUCGAUCGUGUGGCAAUCUAGAUUCCAUAUCCGAGGAAUCCGGUAUGCCGCGCGAUUCGUCAAGGCAAUCAAACAAUUGCAGAAUUUCAUGGACUUUCGCCUCAUCUUCUAUCUUGAUGGCAUGUUCAAAUUUCCGAGCUUUAAAAGAAGUGUUCAGACUCCCAUGCAUACGAUCCCGACAGGAUACUUUGCACUUGUCCAACUAGAGUGUAUACCAUGUCACGUUGUGUUACACUCAGAGUAUUGCCCCGAUGUCAGAGAGCCAGCAAAUGAUCUUCCUUGAUCUUGUCGCGUAUCUUCUCCACAGCGAAAAUCCUGGGUAACCUUAGAGCUUGGACUGUAACGAUACUUUGGACCAGAUGCGUAUUUGCCAAUACUCUGUGCUUUUAGAUUAACGUUCGCCUGAACAUGACAAGUACUCAUCACAGGAGCUCCAUUGAGCCAAUUUAAGGGUAUGGAGAUGAUGGGUGACAACAUGUCACAUUGUCACUGCAGUUCCUAGAGCUACUGAGCAUAAAUUACUAAAGUGGACAUUGUACAGCCUGCAUAAGUAACAAGCAUUAUCAAGAAAGUAACUUCGUGGUGUAAUUCGUUGAAAAUUCUACGCUUAAUAUAAAUCCAACAAUUCUAUGAUAAAUAGACACGGAACCACUUUCCUAAAGUCAAAUGCAUUGGUCUAGAGGAGCUGGGAUGUUCGAUGCGGAAGGAAGGAAGGUAUUGGGAUACAGACAGUUUUGUUCAUCCUUUGGCCUGAUCUACAGAUGUUACAAACCUAUAUGCGGAUCGAUAUGUAAGGUCCAGACUCCCCAGUAAAGCAAGUUUCUCCUGAUCCUUUUGGGUUUUCAUUUUUCUCCAUCUUGCUCAUGUUACUAUCUGUUGCUCUGGCAUCGAUAGAUAAUUGCCUGAAUAUUCGAUAGGCAUGCAUUUAUCUCCAUGUUGACUUAAAUGCAAGUCCUACUAUCACUACCCUUUUGAAAGUACUGAAUGGGCACCGGGAUUCCGCAAGAGGCCAUAGGUGCUUCUGCUGCCGUCCUGACGUACUCAUCUCUAUGCCUCCUUUUGGUCAGCUUACUCAUUUGUAUGCUAUGGACCUAUGGUGAAAGAUGGACCUAUGUAACAUUCCUCGCAAAGUUCUCUGCUUUAAGCACAGUUGGAUCUAUCGUACAGCAAAUACAUUAUAAUCGCUCUUGGCUCAUUGUCAAGCAUGACGCUUAUGCGACGGCUUUAAAAGCUGUAGAAACGCCAGCUUUGGGGUUUUCGGGUGUGGGCAAUACCAUGGAUCUUGUACUAUUUACGAUUCAAUUCUAUUGUUAUAAUGUUAUGGCUUUGAUGGUGUUAUUCUGGGCUGUUAAACUUUUCUGUGGUUCCUGGAAAAUUCGUGCAAACUUCCUUGGUAGCUGGCUGCUAGAGCAUAUAUCUUUCAUAUCCAAGAUAUUUGCAAUCAUUGUGCCCGGUAUUUUGGUGGGCGUAGGGCAUGCUCCGGCUGUGCUAAAAAGUCUCGUGGCGACUUUUAUUUUAACGAACUCCACAAUGCUCAUAAGCUUGUCAACUGGCAGUAUCCUCAUGGUACUUAUUCUUUAUAAAUAUAUUAAAACACGGCGACUUCUGUUUGCACACGAAAAGCGUAAUGGGUGGUGGGCUUCAAGCGGUACAGCGACAGCGACUGAUACGACGGGCACCAGUACUGGAACUGGAACUGGAACCGGUCAAUUUAAUGCCAAUAAUCGCAAAAUAGCUCGUAGGUCUGUAUACGAUCGUGCACUUAUUACCCGGUUUACGAUUGGAUUUGUUGUUAUUCUGGUUUUCGAAGUUGUAUUAAUCAUUUUUUCUCUAUUCUCCGAACAAAACUUUCAAAAACUUGCGAAAUCGUCAUCUCCCGACUUUUCGAUAUCUAGCUGUAUUACAGACAUUAUUCUCUUCAUACCCGGAGUUACAGCGUCACUCUUAGUAUUUCUCGUGUUCGGAACCGCCAAAUCUUUCUCACAAUAUAAAGAUUUAAUCCUUAGCUGCUGUGGACAGCGUACAAAAUUUCCUAAAAGCAAAAGAAGAGGUGUUGUGAGAUCUGGAGAUGAGGAACAGGGGACCGAAUUUCAAAGAUUACCUAGCAUGGGAACAAAGAUCGUCACGCCCGAAGAACAAGCUGUGUUGGAUGCGAAAAUGCGAGGCAUGUUACCUAACCAACGAACAUCUGUCGGGACACAAUAUACAGAAUAUACGACACAAACAGGAAAAAGUGGACCAGGAUCAUCAGUAUACACUCAUACACGGACUCUAAGUCCAAUAACAGCCAACUUUAAUUUCAGUCUUCCAGCUUCAGCCAGAAACCCACCUCGACCCGGGAUGCGCAAAGACGAACGUGAUGCGGGGGAAGCGUGGGCGAGACAAAAUGAUUUGGAAGAUGGCCUGGCGUUGGAACAAGAGUGGACUGAUAAUAGACAUGGAAGGGAAAGAGAUUCAGCAGGAAAUACAACUGUGGGAAAUACGACACUUCUUGAAGAUGUCGAUCCUUUGUCUCAUCGGGAUUUUAUUCUGGAUGACAGUGAUGAGCAUGAGGGAUGGACGAGAUGAAUAGGUUCAUGGGAGGAGUUUUAAUGAUUUUAUGAUUGAUACCUCAGUACUGGAGUGACUUUUCUAUCGGUACCUAGUCUUUAUAUAAAAAGGGAAAUAUGGAUACUUAUAUAUAUAUAUAUAUAUGGGAUAUUGGAUGGAUAGAUGAAUAGAUGGAUGGAUGUAAAAAAUGGUUGGGUUUAGCGAGCACAAAUUCUUCACGGAAAAAUCGCU